AUGAAGAAUUUCUCGACAGUGAACGUUCAAAUCAACGGCGGAAUGGACAUUCUCGAGUUUUUGAGUGUUCUUAGGUGCAACAAGAUACUAUCUGACCUCAAUACUUGCCGAGACCAUUACAUGGACGGGAGCCCCAAUAUGUUCAAGAAAUACCGUGAAUUCAAGUGUGCGGAAUGUCAAACAAAAUGUGACCGUCAUUUUGAGGGGACUCUUGUUGUCAAUGUGGGCUUGAACAACUUGCUCAAAUCGGACGUGCGACAGUUCCGGCAUCAAAGCUUCUCGGGCCUUGCCAAGAAUUUGAAAAAAUGUCUUCGCGAUAACUUCCCGAAAUGUACUCCCCAUAUCAUGCUGCCGAUUCUCCCAGUCAAAUAUCAAUCCGAUGACGAUUUUAAAGAGCAGCAUAAAGAGCUCACUGAAGCGCUUUUGACUGGAACUGACAACCCACUCGAAAUGAGAGACUAUCCCCUUCCUCAAGGAAGAUUCGACAAUGACGGAAUCCACCUUACAACUCAAGCAUCCAUUGACUUCUUUUCUUCUGCAAUCUCUAUCAUACAAUAA